UUUUUUUUGCUCGGUUAACAGUUACUUAAUACUCUAGAAUUCUUUCCUUCGGACAAAAUGGAGAAAUGAGUGGGACAAUAACCUGAAGACUGAAGUUAUAUCUUCAUAUAAUAGAGUACUAUUUUACAUUUUGCUGACUAAAAAGAGAGUAUAUUAUUAAUACAAAACUUGAUUUAAAAAAAAAAGUUGUAUUCAAGUAUAUAAUAAGAUUUAUUAUUAUAAUUUAUUGCUAUAGAAAAGUAUUUGAAUUUUAAAAUCUUAUAAAAUAAUAAAGUUUUCAAACCAGAAGUGCAUGAAGCAUUGGAGAUAAAACCAUUUGAGAUUUUCUACAUUCAAUAAAAACUUAAUGAAAAUUUCAAAUUUUGUAUGUGGCACUUGCCCGGUCUAGUUCUCACCUAGAACCACCCCUGCAUAAGUAGUAUAAUAAUAUUUUUUUGGGGAUCAGAUCAGCUCCUGUGAAUCUGUGAAUUAUGUAUAUAUAUACCCACAAAACGCCUCGUAGUACCAUUUACUUCAUUCCAAAGCUAUCCCAAGUGUUCAUCGAAGAACGAUACCAACGCACCACUUUGGAAAAAUGUGGAGGUUGAAUAUAGGAGAAGGAAGAGGAGAAGAUAAUCCGUAUUUGAUAAGCACUAACAACUUCGCUGGUCGGCAAAUAUGGGAGUUUGAUCCAAAUGCCGGCACGUCAGAGGAACUGUUCGCCGUCGAGGAGGCUCGUCGUACUUUUUACAAUUGCCGCCAUCGGGUUAAAGCUUGCGGUGAUCUUUUAUGGCGCAUGCAGUUCCUCAAGGAGAAGAAGUUCGAGCAAGUAAUCCCGCCGGUGAAGGUCGACGAUGCACAGAGAAUCACGAAAGAAGAAGCGACCAAUGCAUUGCGACGAUCCGUUCACUAUUUCUCGGCGUUGCAGAGCAGCGACGGCCACUGGCCAGCUGAAAUCACAGGUCCACUCUUCUAUGUUCCGGUCAUGGUGUUUUGUUUCUAUAUCACAGGACAUCUUGAUGAGAUGUUCACUAAAGAGCAUCGUAAAGAGAUGCUUCGAUACAUAUAUUGUCACCAGAAUGAAGAUGGGGGUUGGGGAUUACACAUAGAAGGCAAGAGCGGUAUGUUUUGCACCGCACUGAACUACAUAUGUUUGCGUAUUCUUGGAGAAGGUCCAGAUGGAGGACCAAGAAACGCCUGCAAGCGAGCAAGGCAAUGGAUUCUUGAUCAUGGUGGUGUGACUUACAUACCUUCUUGGGGAAAGUCUUGGCUCUCGAUACUUGGAAUCUAUGAUUGGAGUGGAACCAACCCAAUGCCUCCAGAGAUCUGGCUCCUACCUUCUUGGCUUCCAAUACAUCUUGGGAAAACUACAUGCUUUUGCCGGCUGGUUUACUUGGUCACGUCUUACUUUUAUGGAAAGAGAUUUGUUGGUCCAAUAACACCUCUUAUUCUGCAACUUCGAGAAGAACUCUACGUACAACCUUAUGAAGAAAUCGAUUGGAAUAAAGCACGACGUUCAUACGCAAAGGAAGACAUGUAUUAUCCACAUCCUUCUAUUCAAGAUUUUGUAUGGGAUAGUCUUCACGUUUUCGGCGAGCCUUUGCUUACACGUUGGCCACUGAACAAGCUUGUGAGAGAAAAGGCUCUUAAGGUAGUGGUGGAUUACAUACACUAUGAAGAUGAAAAUAGCCGGUAUAUCAACAUUGGAUGCGCUGGGAAGGCAAUGUGCGUACUUGCUUCUUGGGUUGAAGAUCCAAACGGAGAAUAUUUCAAGAAGCAUCUCGCUAGAGUUCCAGAUUAUUUUUGGAUUGCUGAGGAUGGGAUGAAAGUGCAGAGUUUUGGAAGUCAACUUUGGGACACAUCACUUGCGAUUCAAGCUUUACUUGCUAGUAACAUGUCUAAUGAAACCGCUCAUGUACUCAAGAAAGGACAUGAUUUCAUUAAGAGAUCUCAGAUCAGAGAAAACCCUUCGGGAGAUUUCAAGAAGAUGAACCGACACAUAUCCAAAGGAGGAUGGACUUUCUCUGAUCGAGAUCAGGGUUGGAAUGUUUCAGAUUGUUCAGCCGAAGCAUUUAAAUGUUGUCUUCUGCUCUCCAAGAUGCCACCUGACGUUGUUGGCCCAAGAAUGGAUCCUGAGCAGCUAUACGAUUCUGUGAACCUCUUACUAUCUUAUCAGAGUGAAAAUGGAGGUAUGACAGCAUGGGAGCCUGCCCGUGGAUAUGGAUGGUUAGAAUUGUUCAACCCUACAGAGAUGCUAGCUGAUCUUGUUAUCGAGCGUGAGUACGUGGAAUGUACUUCAUCGGUUAUCCAAGCAUUGAUCAUGUUCAAGAAACUAUAUCCAGAUCACAGGACCAGAGAGAUUGAUAGAACCAUUGAAAAGGCGGUGCAAUUUAUAGAAAACACACAAGAAGCAGAUGGUUCAUGGUAUGGAAGCUGGGGAGUAUGCUACACAUAUGCAACAUGGUUUGCUCUUGAAGGCUUAGUAGCAGUUGGUAAAACGUAUGAAAACUGUUUGGCUAUACGUGAAGGUGUUGCCUUCCUUCUCAAGAAACAAAACAGCAGUGGAGGUUGGGGAGAAAGCUAUUUGUCUUGCUCUGAAAAGAGAUACAUAGAGUUGGAAGGAGGAAGAUCAAACCUGGUGCAAACCGCUUGGGCAUUGAUGGGUCUAAUUCAAACGGGACAGGCCGAGAGAGAUCCAGUGCCUCUUCACCGUGCUGCCAAACUUAUCAUCAAUUCGCAGUUGGAAAACGGAGAUUAUCCUCAACAGGAAAUGACAGGAGUGUUCAUGAAGAAUUGUUUUCUAAACUAUGUCACCUACAGAAACAUCUUCCCUAUAUGGGCGCUUGCAGAGUACCGCAAAGUUAUUUAGCUUUUGCAGCUACUCAAGAUUUUUUAGUUAUACACAUUAUUUCACAUAGUGACCCGGUCAUGUAUGUUGUUACACUCUUUUCUUUUUGGUCUCUUUCCAUUGGAUUGUACCAUGAAUAAAACUAUAUUCAAGAAGUCGUCUUCGCUUUUUAACGGGAGUGAGAAAAAUUUAGAGUCCGUAGUACUCAUAAGAUAAGAUACUAA